AUUAUUUCAUCAGGUGAUGAAGAGUCCACUACAGCACCAACAGAAUCUUCUGGCACAACCAAAGAAACGGACGUAACCACAAAAGGGAAACCAACAGAACUUCCGAUCACCACCGAGGGAACUGAGCCAAAACCCAGUCAGACAUCAACAACUCCUCAGGGAACAACGGUGAAAACUGAGCCUUCUUCUACUAAUACUGAAACAAAAGCCAGUGUGAAACCUUCAACCGGCCCACAAACGACAGUAAAAGUCUCACCUACCACUGCAGCUCCCACCUCGGAGGCAACGACUCAAACCACGACAGGACCUAAAACAACCCAGGCUACUACUACAGCACAACCAAAAACCACAGAAAAACCAACAACUAGAGCACAACCAACAACCUCACAGAAAGCAACAACUACUUCUCCAUCAACAACCACUGCUCCAACAACCACAGAUAAAGCAAACCCACCAACAUCCACUGCUUCAACAACCACAAAAAAACCAACAACCACGGAAAAAGCAGCAACUACUGCUCCACCAACAACCACUGCUCCAACAACCACAGCGCAACCAACAACCACAGAAAAACCAACAACUACCGCUCCACCAACAACCACUGCUCCAACAACCACAGCGCAACCAACAACCACAGAAAAACCAACAACUACCGCUCCACCAACAACCACUGCUCCAACAACCACAGCGCAACCAACAACCACGGCAACAACCACUGCUCCACCAACAACCACAGCGCAACCAACAACCCCAGAAAAACCAUCAACCACCGCUCUGAAAACCACAGCACAACCAACAACUACAGAAAAACCAUCAACAACUGCUGCUCCAACAACCACAGCACAACCAACAACCACAAAAAAACCAUCAACAACUGCUGCUCCAACAACCACAGAAAAACCAUUAACCACUGCUGCUUCAACAACCACAGCACAACCAACAACCACAGAAAAACCAUCAACUGUUGCUCCAACAACCACAGAAAAACCAUCAACUGCUGCUCCAACAACCGCAGAAAAACCACCAACUGCUGCUCCAACAACCACAGAUAAACCAACAACUACUUCAGCUACAGCUACUGCCGCAUCAACUGCUGGGCCAACAACGGCAGCACCGACCACGGGCCCUCAAAUAAAUAUUUUAGAGUGCGACACAGCCAUAGUUGGAGCAGGUGAGAACUUGAUACCAUCGUUUGGCAUCAGAUUCUGCAAGGGAUAGUUACUCUUGAGUAACUUAAACGUGAACCAUUCAAGUCUCUUAACCCUCUAUUUUAUCUACUUGCCAUAAAUUUCUUUUUAAGAAAGUGAGGGAAUUUGUCAUAUCAGGAUAACACUUUCAGAUAACACUCUUGUUACGUUUUCAGAUAGUGUAUUAAUUUUGUCAUAGGAAGUCAGACAUUGCACCAGUAAUCUUUUUGAUAAUCUCUUUAAUUCUUUAAAGUCUAUUUCCUUAAUUUAUAGGUGCGGGUGGCUUAUUGGUGGCAUAUUCACUUUUUGACAAGACGAAUGAAACAAGCGUCUGCGUCUUCGACACAGAGGACAGCGUUGAAAACAUUUAUGACCAUGUUUUUCCCCAGGUACCGGAUGUUGUAGUAGGUAAGUUAACAUAACACCAAGAGUCAAGCUUUAUCUAGGUAGUAAUCAAUAGCUAUGUUUUAGUUAGCGACUAAAAAGCUAUUGUACAUCGUUUACUUGCUUCACCAACGUUUAAAGACAACGUUUCCCCUUUUUUUUUUUUUUUUUUUUUUUUUUUUUUUUUCAGGCUUAGGGCAGUGGGACAUUUCCGGUGACAACUAUGCAGAACAGUAAGCUUCAAUUUUUCUCAAACAUAUUACCAAGUUCGUAUCAAUAAACAUAAAUCGUGACAGUUUUUUGAAAUGCUCGAAGGCGCCAAAGAAUUUUUAAGAGUAAAAAACUACGUCGUUAUAUGAGAGCCAUUUCACAGAAAUUUUCUUGAAUAUAAAUUCUAACCAUGAAAUGUGUAGAUGUAUUAUAAGGGUACCCAAGCAUAGAUGAGCUACCAGAAAAAGAGCUGAUCUCACAAAUGAACUGCGGCCUGCACUCAUUUGUCUCAUAUGGACUUCGAAAAUAUUGGAACCCAUUCCCCGCUGAUAUUAAUUAGGCGUCAUUGCUAACUGAGCAACAUCUUGAAAGCGAGGCAAAUUUUCGUUACUGUCGUAUCAUGCGCAUCUUGAACUCUGAUUUGCUUCAUUUAACCAUGGACAUUGAAGAAUAAAGGAAAGAAGACAACAGAAACGAAUAAGGAGGCCAGCCAGUAAUGGAGACAAUAAUAUCGCAUCGCAAAUCAAAAUUAUAGAGAGAUUAUGACAGAAUGUAAAUUCGAACGAAUUGUGACGUACACAUAAUUUUGAAGGAAUUGAUUCAAUUGGAUUAAUUUCUGUUUUUAUUUUCAGGGACCUUGUACAUCAUUUAUUCAACAGCAAUGAUACCUUGUGGAAUCCAAAAACUAAACGUGUUGAAGCUCGUGGACAGUUUACAAAUAGCUUUGAUGAUCUGAAGUUUAAAGCAUUUCCAACUUUGCGACACCGCGCGCCACUCAACAAUAAAACACUCACGGAAACUGCGGCUUUCAUCUAUAAUGAUCAGAGGAAUUUCACGCAGUUCUCAACCGCGGAGACUUUCCUUUCGUACGAACUGUCCCCGGAGGGAACCAAGCUUAUGGCAGAAAAGUUUGGCUUCAAAGGUGACUACAUGCAAGCCAUAAAUCCAAUGAGUUAUAGAACUUAUCUUGAGAAAGAAUACCAUAUGAACUCCGCAUCAGCAGAUGCGAAAAGGCCUCCUAAUUCCAAAGGAAUGUCAGAAAUUGUCAAAGAGCUCACUAAAAAAGUGAAAAGUGGAGGCGGUAAAAUUUAUCGUAAAGAGACAGUUGCUUCGAUCAACAAAGAAGGAGAUAAAUUUCUUCUUCAAACAACAAAAUUAACUGUGAAAGCCAAUAAAACAGUUAUCACCGUUGGACCAGCUGCUCUGAAGAAGAUCGAAGGUGAGGUCAUUCGAAAUAUUACAGGCCAUCAAAUAUUCGAAUCAAUUGUUGGUGUGCCUGCAUUCUAUGGGGCAGCAGUAUAUGAUAAACCAUGGUGGAAUGACACAACUGCCACUCAAAAGAGCAACAACUUGGAGCCUUUGGAGAAGUUCAUAUCCAGCAGUGACUGCCUGGGAAUUACCAUGCCUUACAAGUUAGUAGUCAUAAAUCUUAGCAACCUUCCAUAAAGUUUCCAAAGAAUUAAUAAUUCGUCGAUCAAUUCUAAGCCUCUAUAUCUUCACGGUGAUUCUUCCCCCCCCCCUCCCCACCGGGUAUUUGAACUUUCUAAGAAUGGUUUGUACAAAUCCCCCCCGGGGCCAGAACUACGUUCAAAUGCUCCACUCAAACACAAUUUUUCUAUCGAACGAUUCUUUGUGUGAUCAACGAAUGUUGUAGAAUAAAGCGGUCACGUACACAGUUUUUGGGCCGCUGUUGGAUUUUUUUCUUGUACGCAUCAUUCUGCGAUGUAAGAGUAUUCUUCUAAGCCAUUCGACCACGAAAGCGGACUCUUAACUUCUAAAUUCCUCCAAUAAAAUCAAAGCAUGUAUUACACGGAUUUAAAUUACACACCCUACUCAGACAAGGUUCGAAUUCCCCAUGGGUUGCCCCGGGAAAUGUUGAAACAUCGAAUUGGUCGGUGCAUAAUUUCCCUCUGCGUAAAAAGCUGACUUCUACAAUGUUCUCCAGCAUAUCUUAUGGAAUAGCAAGUUUAAUUCCACUUGUGAAAUAGCAUCAAAAGUCUUGCCCAUUUACACUGAAAAAGGUGAUUGUAAAUUGGGAAACUGGGAAAUAUCACACCGAUACUCCCGAGCUAGACUAUGAUGAAGCAAAUUAAGCCAUGUGAUGUUUUUUGAGUAUCGCGCUCGUGCCGAAGUAAUUAGUGAACUAAAUAUUUUAUUGCGACUUGUCAUUCAAAAGCCUGCUCCUGUUCCUUAUAUCUAUGAUAGAGGUAGUGGAACCAGCGGAAAAGUGGUCUUGCACACAAUAGCUAAUAACGGAGGAUGCAGCGAUAAGUGGGGGAAACUUUUGGAGAUUUCUACAUCUAAUGAUGUUAUCGACAAAGAACUAAAACGCGCUCUGAAGUACAAGUUUCAACGUAAUAUUCCCGAUCCUUUGGAGACUAGGUACAAAUAUUGGAAGGAAGGGUUUUGGUAA